UGAAAAUAAAACAUUAGCAUUAUCAAAGCAGCAGUCAGAUGAUGAGCGAGAAGAUUUUGCUUGUGUUACUCGUCUCCUUGGUUGUUGUAAGUGCAGAGUGUCCAAAAGAAUGCGUGUGCAAUCAACGUAGCGCAAGAUGUAGUAAGGUGACGAAUAAAAAACUGUUUUUACUUCAAAAACUACCAAAGAAUAUUACAAGUUUAAUUCUCACUGGGAAUCGCAUAACAUCGAUAACACUCAAGGAAUUUUAUAAUUUCACCAAACUUGAAAGAUUGAUACUAAAUCAUAAUCAAUUAAAUUCGUUGCCCAGGGACGUCGACUAUGUGCCAACAUUGAAGCAUAUAGACGUUAGUGAAAACAAGAUAAAGUAUAUAGACACGCAAGAACUUCGUAGCUACAAGCACCUUACAGUUCUUCAUCUCUCUGGAAACGUUUUAGAAAAUAUACCUGCUUUAUCACACGCAAGAAGCUUGGAAAAUCUUAUCCUCAGCAAUAACAAAAUUAACAAACUUUCACCAAACUCUUUCACUGGCUUGCGAAAGUUAAAGUACUUAAAGUUAGAUCAUAACCGUCUAGGAUUUGUGUAUCAUGGUGUGUUUGAUGAAUUGUCGAGUUUACAGUCGCUUGAUUUGUCUUAUAACGAGCUCGAGAUAAUUCGAAAAGACCUUCUUUCGAAGUUGUUAUCAUUGGAGGAGUUAUACUUGCAAAACAAUAGCAUCACAACACUUGAUGACUAUUGCUUUCGUAAUUUAACACUGCAUCGAGUGGACUUAGAACACAAUCGAAUCAGUCGAUUCAAAGCUGAUGCUUUCAAAGAUAUUGUAAUCACUGGGAAAGUAAGUUUAAAUCAAAAUCCAUUGCAUUGUGGGUGCUGGUUAACAGACAAUACUAUACAGAGGCUAAUACAUAAUGGCGACAUUCAAGGAAUUUGCUUCUCACCUCUUGCUUUAAAAGGGCGCAAUUUAAAACACUUCACAACUUCUGAAUUAGGUUGUAAUAACACAGAUAGUUGUGCAAGUAAUCGGUGUCAACACAAUUCAGUAUGCGCUGUAUAUAAUGCGACGACAUACACGUGCAACUGCACACCUGAUUACAAGGGAGUUUACUGCGAAUAUCUAACCACGUCUGAUGAAAAUAAUGACGUCGUAAUUGCCGUCAGUGUUUGUGCACCAAUUGCAUUUAUCCUCUGUUUAGCAAUAGGUUGGUAUGUGUACAAAAAGCAGACCACUUACCCUGGGCGUUGUAUAUCAAAAGAAAAGCUUAUUUGCCUCGCUUGUCUUUUUAUCCUAAUCUUUCUGUUUGCAUUAUUUGUAGGUCUGCGUAUAGCAUGUGAGUUUAUGGAAUUUUGUUGAAUAAAUGAGAUCUCACCUGGA